CCGGGCACGGCCAGGCCGACGCUGCAAGCGCUGGGCAGAAAGGAGGCAGCGUGAUGACAGGAGAGGACGCCGUGGUGGUGUAGCCACGUCCGUCCUGGGACCAAUGUGGACGAGCGCCAUGGAAACGCCUCUGGAAAAGGCCUUGGCAACCCUAGUCUGCACCUUCCACAAGUACUCGGGGAAGGAAGGCGACAAGAUGACCCUGAGCAAGGGGGAACUGAAGGAGCUGGUGAAGAACGAGCUGGGCCUGGGGGAGAGAAUGAAGGAAGGCGGCAUUGAGCAGCUCAUGAAAAGCCUAGACCGGAACAGUGACCAGGAAAUCGACUUCAAGGAAUACUCGGUUUUCCUGUCCACCUUGUGUAUGGCCUACAACGACUUCUUCCGGGGACAGAGCAAAUAGCUGGGGGGAGG